GUGGUCCAAGGGGGUGACCCCGCCGGAGCCGCGGCUGCCAGCGACAUGUUCAAGGUAAUUCAGAGAUCCAUGGGACCGGUCAGCCUGAGUCUGCUCACCUUCAAAGUCUAUGCGUCAUCAAAGAAGGACUUACCCAACAAAAAUUCCAUCAAGGUUGAUGAGCUUUCACUCUACUCAGUUCCGGAAGGUCAAUCUAAGUAUGUGGAAGAGCCAAGGACCCUACUUGAAGAAAACAUCUCACAACUCCGGCACUUUUGCGAGCCAUAUACAACUUGGUGUCAGGAAAAGUACUUCUACACUAAGCCCAAGAUGCAAAGUAUUGCUCAGUGGGGGGCAGAAAACUAUGAAUAUCUCCAAAAUGCACCUCCAGGCUUUUUCCCAAGACUUGGUGUUAUUGGUUGUGCUGGGCUUGUUGGACUCCUCUUCACUAGAGGUUCAAAAAUAAAGAAGUUGGUAUAUCCACCUGCUUUCAUGGGAUUAGGCCUCUAUUAUCCACAACAAGCCAUCAGCUUUGCCCAGGUCACCGGGGAAAUAUUAUAUGACUGGGGUUUGAGAGGAUACAUAGUCAUAGAAGAUUUGUGGAAGAACUUUCAAAAGUCAGGAAAUGUGAAGAAUCCACCUGGAAAUAAGUAGAAUGUGCCUUCCUCUGACCAUUUUAAUCAGUUAUAGGUAAACAUUGGAAACUCCAUACAGUAUUUCUACACAAAAAUGGCGGAGAAGUCAGUAUUGAAUGUAGUAAAUUGGCUUUCUUCUUCAGGAAAAACUCCACUACACUUUUCUUAUCUUGGACGAUCCCGUAUUAUAAGUCAGCUGAUCAGAAAGCGUUUCACCUAGAGAUAAUGUACAAGCCUUAGAACUCCUUGUUCUCAUGUUGCUAUUUAUGUACAUAAUUAAAA